AUGGUUUAUGACCAGAUCGUUACCCCACACAAGCAACAUUACGUUCUGAAAGCGCAUGAAACCUUCAACGAUGAAACUGGAAAACUAGGCCACCCUUUCUUUGAUGCUCACCUACCCAUGCCAGAAGAUCCUGGUAUGCGUAACGACGUGUGGAAGUUCGUCGAGUACACAGGUGAAGUAGUGGGGAAAGAGAUAGCCGAGCACUGGUAUCGUACUGGUCGCUUCAAUUUUGAUGCCGAGGAUUGCUUGUUACAGAAGUUUCUUACGAAGGAUGUCUGGCACCGAGGUAUCGUUCCUGCAGAUGUUGUUCACCACCUCCGCAUCGCUCUCAAUCCUAUGCCGUACAUCGCCCCUACUGAUUCCAUGGAGGCCGACCUGGAAAACUUGUCUGCGAUAUCAAAUAAGGAUAGUACUAUUGUUUUCCAAAUGGACAAGGAGAAUUACUACAAGCUUGGGGGUAGCGGCAUCUUGUGCUGGUAUCUGCCAUACUUAUUAGCUUUAGUCGCACCAUACGUCUAUAGUUUGCGCGAUGAGGGCUUCAGCGGUAUACAGGUGUAUCAGGGGAUGGUUACUCAUAAGAAACACUGUCCUUGGAUAGGAUGUCCUCCGGAUAUUACGUAUCUCUUUGAACUGAACCAGGAAGAAUUCCGAACGGUGUUUGGCAGGGUAAGCUAUCGUAAAGCUGACGAGAGCGAAGUUAUGUACUGA